GCUUCACGUUUCGCCGUCUCUUCUUCACGCGCAGCGCGAGCACAGUGGAGGAGGAGGGAAACAGAAAAUGGCGGACGGUGUCGACCACAUCGAUAUUUACGCCGAUGUAGAAGAGGAAUUUAAUCAGGAAUCAGAUUAUCCUGUUCAUGAGCAGAUUGACCUGUAUGAUGAUGUCAUCUCACCAUCUGCCAACAACGGAGACGCACCUGAGGACCGAGAUUACCUGGACAACCUGCCUGCCCCGGGAGGAUCCGAGGGGAACAAAGGCGCUCCGCCAAACGUCGUCUACACCUACACUGGCAAACGAAUCGCUCUGUACAUUGGCAACCUCACAUGGUGGACCACUGAUGAAGAUUUGACCGAUGCUAUUCGCUCAAUAGGCAUCAAUGAUGUGCUGGAGAUCAAGUUUUUUGAGAAUCGAGCAAACGGCCAGUCAAAAGGGUUUGCUCUGGUCUGCGUGGGGUCAGACUCCUCAUCCAGGAAGCUGAUGGACCUGCUGUCCAAACGUGAGCUGCAUGGACAAAACCCGAUCGUCACUCCUUGCAACAAACAGUCUCUCAGCCAGUUUGAGAUGCAGUCGCGAAAAAGCACACAGUCCGGGCAGAUGUCCGGAGAGGGGAAGGCAGGGCCUCCGGGCUCAGGAUCUCGUAGCGGCUUCCCACUUGGCAAGAAUCGAGGACGCUUUCCCACCCCACCUGGCCCGGGAGGAGACCGCUUUCCUGGACCAGUUGGACCUGGUGGACCUCCGCCACAUUUUCCAGGAAUGCAAGGGCCACCCCGUCCUCCCUCUGGCCCACCUGGGCCUCCAGGACCCCCUGGGCCCCCUCCACCUGGACAAGGUUUGCUGCCGCCCCUCGGAGGUCCUCCAAACAGAGGAGACCGUCCUCCUCCACCCGUCAUGUUUCCUGGUCAGUUUGGUCAGCCUCCUAUGGGUCCGAUGCCUCCUGGCCCACCCCCACCUGGAUACGGGCCUCCCCGGCCCCCUCCACCUCAGCAGGGUCCGCCCCCUCCGGGACCCUUCCCACCCCGUCCACCUGGGCCCUUAGGACCCCCACUUGGCCUUGCUCCUCCACCUCACAUGCAGGGACCCCCCCCUGGAGGUCCACCUCCGGCUCCUCACGUCAACCCGGCCUUCUUUCCACCACCUGGAAACAACAACAUGCCAUCGUCCGACAGCAGGGGCCCCCCGCCGGGUGAAAUGUAUGGCCGCCCACCUCCAUACGACAGAGACUAUGGCCCUGGCGGCAGGGACAUGGAUUCAUCUCGUGCUCCUCUGAGUGAAGCAGAGUUUGAGGAGAUCAUGAAUCGCAACAGAGCUAUCUCCAGCAGCGCUAUCUCGAGGGCAGUAUCGGACGCGAGUGCAGCGGAUUACGGCAGUGCUAUAGAGACUCUGGUGACGGCCAUCUCCCUGAUCAAGCAGUCGAAGGUUUCUGCUGACGACCGCUGCAAAGUCCUCAUCAGCUCCCUGCAGGACUGCUUGCAUGGAAUCGAGUCCAAAUCCUAUGGUUCUGCAUCGAGCAGACGGGAACGUUCCAGGGAGAGGGACCACAGUCGUUCUCGUGAGAAGCAUCGACGCAAGUCUCGCAGCCGAGACCGACACGAGGACUAUUACAGAGAGCGCAGCCGUGAGAGAGACCGUCAUCGUGAGAGAGACCGCGACCGUGACCGCGAGAGAGACAGAGAACGUGAGCGGGAGUAUCGCCGUUAGUUGGAAAGGAAGGUGUGUAUCCUGUUUGUUUCUGUCGUUUGUUUGUUUUUCUCCCCUCUUCCUUCAGGAUUCAGAUGUGCUUACAUCUUAUCCUGCAGAGGUCGGGAUCACAGGUACGUGAUCAGAAAAGGUGAGCCCCUUAACCUAUAAUGUAAUGACAAGUACUGUCAUUUUUUUAUUUUUAUUUUUCCCUACAGCUAAUCUAUUUUUUUCCCCUUUUAUUUACGAAUGUAGCGUGAACUGAGUACGCUGAUUCUUAAAACCUUUGUGCCUGGUCUUGAAGCCGUUUAAUGUGCAAUAUCAGCACCAGCAACCAUAAACUGUCCCACUGUUGUAUUGAUAACCUGUCUGUCUUUUGAAAGAUUAUGUAUUUCAACAUUUUUAUAAAAAAAAAAAUCAAAAUGCAUUUGCAUUUUAAAAUGCAAGCUACAGCACUUAUUUGUCCAUUUAACUGGAAUUUGCUGCUACUUUUGAGACUCUGCAAAUGUCAAACAACACUUUCCUCCUCAUUUUGACUAAUUGUUUGACAAAAAACCUAAUUCAGGAUGAGUGAAAUAUAAAUUCAACGUGUGACCAUAAAUGUAUAGAAGUUUGAUUUGAGAGAAAAUGAAUGUAUUGAAAUGAGCAAAAUUGUUUCUCAGGCUGUGCGUUCUUGCAGGCAGAUUUGAUGUUGAUAAUUAUUGUUCUAGUGUUUAGUUCCUCUCUGAUUUGUUGUGAAAAGCAAAUGAAUGGAGUGGAGUUGAUCUGCUUUGGCAUUUAUAAACAUGAAGCUAGUCGUCUUAUCAGGUUGAGUUGUCAUGGUGUAGGCAAAUUAAAAUUUUCAUGUGUAUGGUUUAGUCCUGAACACAUCUGUACAGUAACUUAAGAAAACGCUUUCUGAAUGUCCAGAACAAGCUAAAUGUAUUUGUACUGUAAAGGGUCAUCGUCUGCAUCCUAGUAUGUCGCAUUUGUAGGUUUUAAUAGCUAGUCAAACUUCUCCAUCGUUUUCUUAUCUGAAUUUGACAUUUUCCUGGUUUACAUACCGUUAUUCAUUUAUUUUCCAUAUUUAAUGUUACGACCUCUUAGAUGCUGCACAUGUAGCAGUUCUUCACUAUUUUUUUGUUUAUGGCGUUAAAUGUUAAAAUAAAGGUAGAUCUACAAUGUCAGUUAAACCAGUUUUGCUUUUCAUUUUAUCAUUUACUUUAAUGCUAAACAAAUGGAGAAGAACUGCUAUAUUGCUUUUCCAGAGACAUGUGAACAUUUUUAGCUUUUUUAACACUGUUUUUUUACACUCAUGUUUGUGAUUUUUAAAAUGCAGCAUAUUUAAUAAAUAUUUUCACAAUCAGUAUUUAAAUUAAUGCAGCACAUGUCCUCAGUUCAAACCCUGUUGGUCUGAUUUUUAGACUCGUUUUACUGUUACCUCAUGGCUCUGCUGUGUGAUGGUGUUCCUACAGGCUAAAUUUGUAUUUAAAUGUAAAUUUGUGCAUAAUUUGUAUGUAAAUGCUGAGGACACUGUAAUAUCGUGUGUGAUGCAUUGUGAGUGACCCCACAUAUUCUAGAUUUAGAUGAAAACCGUAACUCCGGUUUAGCAGAUAGAUUGUAAAUGCCCAACUUUGUUAGUUUUGUUGAAUGUAAUUCUGGUAGCCUCCAAAUUGUUGUUCUGGCCUCUUAUCAAAAAACUGCCAUUUAUUCAGGUGUUUUGUUUUAUUUUUGUUUUUCUGUGUUCUCAAUUGUACAACCUAUAAUUGCAGUAACACCAUUCAGGGAAAGUCAGCAAUGCACAAUUUGCAAUUUUGUUCCGCUGUUAUUAACUCAGAAAUUGUUGCACUUUUAAAGUAUGCAUCUGGUUAGAAAUUUUGAAUAGCUCUUAACCACUGCAAACCAUUGCGUUAGAGCCCUGUUUUGUGGGAUUUAUUGGGAUUUUUGGAUGUAGUGUCUCUGUCUUGAAUGCAUCUGCAGAAAUGACUGUGUUUCCAGGUUAUUUGUGCAGGUUUUUCUGAAGUAAUGGUCCUCACGUGGUAUUAAUCGCAGCCCUUUUCCUCUGUUCAGUAUUGUGCUUCUAUAAGAUGUUGUCACAGGAUUGGACAAACUUGUUUUUGUGAGUGUGUUACUAGUAUUAGUAGUACUAGUAUUAUUUUAAUUCCAAACACAAACUACACCGUUAACAAAUUCAGCGUAAGAAGCUGUAUGUUAAUGUCUAACUUGCUAAUUAUUUCUGAAAGAUCUUGUACUAAAAUGGGCUGAAACACCUAUAAAUGACUUAAGACACAAUCUAAUGUUUUAAUAACAAACCACGUCUUCAGUACUUUUUGUGUUGUCUAUCUUUCUUGACCGGCAGAAGGGCAAAGUACUAUUAGUCGCUGAAUUUUGUCCAACCCUGUGUACUGUAACUCUAGUGUCCACUGAAUCACUAGAAUCAAGCAAUUUAAACUUUUCUUCCUUUUCUUGAACUCUUAGACGUUUCAUUUGCUCAGUAGAACUGAUGCAUGAAAUGGUAAACAAUUAAACGGAUGCUUUUAGCAAUGGGAGUGGACCAAAUCUGAAAUAUUGAUUUGAUGCUUGUUCUCAGAGGUAAAGUGGACACUAUGGGGGAAAUAUUAAGAGUUAAGUGUUUUUUGUUUGUUUUUUUUCCUGUUGUAGAAAAAAAGAAUGCACAUUAGCGUUUCUAAUUUGUUUAAUUGAAGCUGAAUAACUAGUUAAAUGCACUAAAAGAAUUUUAAUUCAGUAAAAGCCAACAUAAAAUGUGUUUUUUAAAUGUCUGUAUCUCGCAGUUUAUUAUGUGGACUUGUCCAUGACUGAAGCAUUAAUUUUUCGACGUGAAACCUUUUAGAUGUGGUGUUCCAUAAGAUAAAGAGAUGACGUUUACAAAAUAAACAGAUUAAGUAAUCGCAUCUGCUUAUAUAAUUGAGAUUUAACUGUGAUAUUGAAUAGAAAAAAAACUAAACUCAAAAUAAUUGCUAGUUAACCUUGUUUGAUGCCACAAGAUAUCGUACAUGUUUUACAUUGAGAUAAACCAAUCAACCAAAACAAUGUCGAUCAGUAUCAUAAUAUAGGGAGUUUUAUGCAGUUAAUGUCCAUAACCUCUUCUUCUACAGAUCCAGCUCAUGCAUGCACUUUUUCUGUACUUCACUGCAAUGAAUUGCGGUUUUUCAUCUUCAAUAUUAAAUUUUUUAUCCUCUCAUCUUGUUGCAACCUGUAUCAAUUUGUUUUGAACUUUGAUUAAAAUGUACCUUUAAUACAGAUGCUGAUUUGUAUGAAUUUGUUUUGGUUGGUUGAUUUCUCAAUGGGACUAAAAGCCACCUAUUUUCAUAUGAAUCUAUUAAUGCAUACUUUGCCAAUUGGUCAACUCGUGAAUUACAGUUUUUGAUGUGGGUAUUGUGAAUACUAUACAUUUAUCAUUGUCAUGGAUGAAUAUUAGACGUCAGACAUGAUUAAUUGCUAAUGAUGAUUUUAAAGAAAUGGUUCAUCCAGAAAUGAGCAUUUGCUCAAUGUUCACUUUUAAGCCAUUCAUGAUGUGGUUGAGUUUUCUUCAUCAGAUCUGGAGGAAUGUAGCGUCACUCGCUCUGCAGUGAAUGGGUGCCGUCCGAAUGAGUUUGUUUUUAUCAGCUGUUUGGACCCUCGUUCUGACGGCACCCAUUCACUGCAGAGGAUCCAUUGCUGAGCGAGUGAUGGAAAGCUACGUUUCUCCAAACCUGAUUUAAAAACUAAACUCUACAUAUUGGACAAACUCUUUCAUUCCUGGUUAAACUAGUUCUUUUUGUCCUUCAGAGUGAAAAUGACGUAUUUGCAGAGUUGUGGUGUUGAGUACAGUGUUUCAUAGUUGUGCAUGCCAAUGUCUUUUUAUGAUUGUCGUCUCUUUACACUGUAUUUAUCCACUGAAUCCAGGGGCUUGGUUCAAAUACAGUGGUCGUUUUAAUGACUGCAGUUAAUGUUGUACUUUUUUACCAAAUUCUGUGCUUUUGUGAAACGACAACAUUUUAAAUAUUGCUUUAGUCUUUUACAGUAGUCGUUACUCUAUGCCCCUUAGUUUGAUGCUGUUGAGAAGUUGUUUGCAUGCCUGUGUAUGUCUGGGACGGUCUGAGCGUGUGUAGAUGUAGAGGGGAAAAGCAGCUGUGUGUGUUUCUGGGUUCUGUGCCCCAAAACAAACUGCCACCUUCGUUUUGACACCUUUCAGCUGAACGCAAGAGGAGGAGGAGAGACGUCAGGAGCAACAUGGAUUCAUCCGACAGCGUCCCGCAUCGCACCGUCACGGAGAACGCCGGACUCCGGACACACUCUGCAGUGCUGAAGUAGAGUUCUGUAAAAUAUUAUAUACUCACUCUUAAUUCCCAACAGCUCUUUUUAUUUUUGAGUUUUAUUUGGAAGUAGCUGUGUGCUAAAGUCAGUUCAGCGAAAGAAUUAUUUGCCUGCUUGUUCGAAACACAAAACAACUUUCCCACUGCUAUAAUGUUGUAAAUGGUCAGUUAGCUAGAUUUGUUUUUAUAGGAUUUUUUUUUUUUUCUUUUCUUUUUUUGGUUUCAUGUUUCUUCCCUUUUUUUCCCCUCGUCCAUAUAAUGUUUGUAAGUGUCUUUUUGCCUUGAUUAUUAAAUAGAAUCUGUGUUGUAAUAAAGUGUGUACUUGUUGCUUGUUCAUACUUGAUCUGCUAGUUUAGGUUACUGGGUUGAACAUUUAGCUAGACAUUGCUUUUUAUUUGUUCAGAAUUGCAUACAUUUAUUUUCAACUUGUCCUGCUUGGAUAUCAGAAUAAUUGGUUUGAGAUGCCUUUCAGGUUGUUUGACAUCUUUCUAUAAACAUUGUGCCUUGUCCAAUUUGGGUUAAUUUUAAGAGAUUGAGCACAAUCUGUUUUAAUUCCUGUUCAUUCCAAAUUAAUUGCCACUUCCUGCAGGGUUGAUUUGUCAUAGUUUAUUGGAUUUCAUGACUGUGAUUGGAGCUGUGCAAUUCAAAUCUGUGAAACCGUGCUCAAUUUGUAGUUUGUCAAAAUAAUGAAUCUUUUAUGGCUAGGAAAUUAUAGAGCAAAAUAUCCUGCGUUUCUAAUGUCUAGCAGACGUCCCUGCUUUGUUUUGUGUACAUACCAAGUCUUUGUGUGUUUGUAGGAUUUACUGCAAUGUCUCUCAAAAGGUCUCUUGUUUGAUUCUGAUAUAGUUAAAAUUUGAAGGAAUAGUUCACCCAAAAUGAGAAUAUAUCCGUCCUCAAGCCUUCCAAGAUGUAGAGGAGUGUUUUUUUCUUAAUCAUAUGGAGAAAUCUAGCAUCAUUUUGUCACCUGUGAAUCCUCAGCUGUUUAGAGGUUCUUUCUGACUGCACACAUUCACCGGUGAGCAAGUGAUUGAACGCUACAUUUCUCUAAAUCUGAUAAAGAAACAAACAUUUAAUACAUUUUGGAUGCUCUGAGGGGGGAGUAAAUUAAGCACAUUUGUGACCCUAUUCCUUUUAAGUUUUAAUAGGAAUUUGUUCUAAUUCAUUGUGCAGUUUCCAAUUUUUAUGUAGACUGCUUACGCAGCUGUUUUUCUAGUGAUGUAAUAAGCAGUGUUUCCACUUGCACGUCUGUAAGAUGAUCUCUGCUUACUGUAAAUAUUCAUGCACUUUAUUUUGAGACAUUUGAGAGAUGUACUUCUGGGUAUUGGACACAUGACCUGUGCAUCGGUCACUUUGCAUCUGUUUGAAUGAAAGAUUAAGGUUCACGUGAGCUCAGUUAUCUGCCUGAGCCUGUGGGCUUUCUAUUGCUGUGUUUGAUGGUGUAUCACUGUAGUUAGAGCAAGUUCAUUGGAGUAAUUCUAGUGGUUCUUCAAACCGCAUCCUCUGCUAGUGAAGAGGACAGACAUCGAUAUUGUGGGUUCCUGUUCCCUCAUAAACAUCCGGACUGAGAGGUAAGUCCGUUUUUGCCUUUCAAAUCUUACAGAAAUCGGUACACUUGUGUAUUUUGUAGUUUUUUGUGUUUUUGUAGCCCAGAGCAUUGCAGCUUGUUUACAGCUCAAGUUUAUUCAGGUUUUGCUGCUUGACGUUCUCCUGAAGCGGUUCCUUUAUUGUACAUUGAUGCAGUACACACCUUUAAGUAUUCAUGAUUGAUGUGGGCUACCUGAUGUAAUAUAUUCAGAUUUACUAUUAAAUAUUUUUGCCAAAUCAAUAAAUUUUUUUCCACACUA